AUGAAAUUAUGCCUUUGUACUGGAACGCAGGAUAUAGUUCCCAUUUCAGCUAGCAAACUCUCGGACAAGAGAGCCUAUGGUGCCAAUCUCCGACGCGAAUUUAAGUCAUAGAACAAGCAUCCAGCACAUAAAUUGGGACUUAAUCAUCUAUGCAGUCGUGUCUUACAUCCAUGUCCGUUUCCUUUUCGUCUGCUUCAUCCAACAAGCGCGAUGCCUUUUCAUUCCUAUAUUCUAGCCAGGCCAUGACAGUUGCUUUAUGCAUUGAGUGAGAAAUAUAUAGUAUUAAACAAAGAGUGGCUUCUCC